AUGGCUUCAAACAGUCUGUUCAGCAGCACCAGCCCGAUGCUGUACUGGGAUCCGGUGGUGAAGCGUCCGCCGACACCAUCGCCCACCAACCGCCAACAGGACGACCAGGAGGGGAGGCCCCGCCAGCAGCGCAGCACAGCGCCACCCAGAGGCCUUGUGCAGACCGACAGCCCAAACUUCCUCUGCAGCAGCCUGCCGCAGCACUGGAGGUGUAACAAGACGCUGCCGAGAACCUUCACUGUGGUUGCCCUGUGCAACGACGUGCCGGACGGCGUGGUCGUCGCAGUGAUGGCCGGCAACGACGACAACUGCAGCGCCGAGCUGCGCAACGCCACCGCCACGAUGAAGCAAGGCCACGCCCACUUCAACGACCUGCGCUUCAUAGGCCGCAGCGGGAGAGGCAAGAGCUUCACUCUUUCCAUCAACGUGCUGACGUCGCCGCCUCAGAUCGCCACCGUGCACCGAGCCAUCAAGGUCACCGUGGACGGACAGCGGCUGCCGAGACGACAGAGGCAGAAGGAGGGCAAGUCGGGAGUUUUCCGGUUGCCGAGCAGCAGCACUUCAUCAUCAGACUGUAGAUCAUAUCCCUCCUCUCGGUGGACCUGUGAGCCGUCGUUCCUGGGCCAGGUGACCUCGCUGGCUUCCCCCUUCACUACAACUCCCAGAAUGCACCACCUGCCCGCCCUCUCCUACUCCACCCAGCCCACAGCGUACGGCUCCUUCAUGUCCUCUGCUCCUCCCCCCCCUCCGCUGAGCCACAGUGGUCCGUUCCAGCCGGGCAACUUCUACUACGGACCGAACCAAUCGCUCCAAACCAUGGGGGAGGACCGCAACGUCGUCGCAUCUCUGGCCAAUUACAUCGAAGGGGCGUGUCUCUCGAUAAGAGGGGAGGAGCCUGUCUGGAGGCCUUAUUGAU